AUGCCAUGGACGGAUUUAUGUGGGUGUUAUAUGAAAGAAGCCAGGUGGUUUUAUGGAGGGUAUGUGCCUUCUCUUGUUGAGUACUUAAACCAUGCAUGGAUGUCUGGUGCAACUCCUAUGAUGGUUGUUCAUGGAUAUUUUCUUUGUAUUUCUACUUCUAAUCUGAUCACUAAGGAGGGUUUGGAAGCAGUUAAAAACUAUCAUGAUAUCAUCAAAUGGCCUUGUAUGGUCUCUCGCCUGGUAAAUGAUUUGGGAACUUCAAAGAAUGAAUUGAAACGAGAAGAUAUUCUCAAAUCGGUGCAAAUUUAUAUGCAUGAAACUGGUGCAUCAAAAGAAUCAACUCAACAAUAUAUUAAAGUGCUCGUUAUAGAGGCAUGGAAGAAGAUAAACACAACUCGUGUAAGGCCUGAUUGCCCUUUUUGGGAAGAAGUACGUGGGUAUAACAACAAACAUUGCGAGAGCAGCUCAUUACAUAUAUCAAUAUGGAGAUGGACAUGGACAUGGACAUAA